AUGUUCGCCAUGGACGCCGUGGCACCCAAGCGACGCGAAAUCGCCGAACCGAGAUUUGACCAUUACGAGGAUACCGGGUGCGAGGUCGCCUCGACCUGCUUUGGCUGCCCGUUACCUCGCUGCAAGUUUGACGAUAUGGAAUGGUUUUACAAAUACCGUCGUUUGGGGCGAUACCUGCACAUGGCCUCCGUCAUACACGGCGAGGGCCUUUCCAUAUCCGAAGCCGCCGAGCGAUUCUCCGUCACCCAGCGGACCAUAUUCCGCGUCUUAAACCGCUGCCGUGACGCCAUGCGGGAAUUGACGCCAGCGGAAGCCGCCGUGUUCGCCAGGCUGGCGGCAUAA